CCUCUUUCCGGUUACUCUGCACUUACGUGGCUCAUCGUCUGUCUUUUUGUCCCUGUUGGACGUACUGAGUCUUCUGCAGCCACACAAUGGAGUUGGACGCCAUGACCCGAUACACGAGCCCGGUGAACCCGGCGGUUUUCCCGCACCUCACCGUGGUUCUGCUCGCCAUCGCCAUGUUCUUCACAGCCUGGUUCUUUGUAUAUGAAGUGACCUCCACCAAGUACACGAGAGACGUCUAUAAGGAGCUGCUCAUCGCUCUGGUGGCGUCGCUCUUUAUGGGCUUCGGCGUGCUCUUCUUAUUACUAUGGGUCGGCAUUUACGUCUGAUAAUUAUGGGAAUGGGAUGUACAGGAAAACAUUCCAGGUUGUUCAGACUCAUUUUUUUUCCCAGGACUUCAAGCUUUUGUCAUGAAAACAGCAGAAUACUGGAUGGAUUUUGCACUGGUGGGAUUGUGGGUUAAAAUUUCACAAAUAAAAGCAGGUUUUGUUAUAAAAAUCAUAAA